GUAAAUAAUCUGGCUUCCCGCGCUGCUACGUUCUUUCAAAAAAAGGCACUUAUGCGAUUAUUUAACGGCAUGGACGAGCUUUAUUUGGACAACAUCGACGAAUUUGUCAAUGACCACGAUACGAUCGUGACAUACAAAUGGCUGAGUCUUACUCUUGGAGUCCAUGUCAACACAGCAAAACAAAUGCUCUUUCACUACUUGGACCACAAGAGGAAGGAAAGCUCCGCUCAGCUCCACGCUACAUACUUGGUGUCAGGAAAGUGUGUGGACAACGGUCACACGAGUCACAAGGUGUCUUUGGUGCGUGAGGACCAGCUGGAAGAUUUUAAGUCCAAGAUGAGUUUGAUCGUUAGCGUUCACGUGUACAGUGUCCAGAAAGCUUUGCUGAAAGACAGCGGCCCGCUCUACGCCGUCGACUACGAUGCCGUCAAAGACAAUCUGCUCAACUGCAGCAAGUACAGUGCAAUCCGAUGUUCCGGCGCUGUGCCCAUGUCCUCACUGGAGCUGCAUCAGGCGCGGGCGACACAGGGAGAACCUCCACCACAGCCAGAGAGCAAAAAGCCUUCCACCAACGGUGAGGCUAAAGUGACUUCCAAAAUGCCUGCCAAACCAACCAAAGGCAUCAUGGGAAUGUUCGCUAGCAAAGGAACUGCGGCUAAGAGCCAAGAUGGCAGCGAAGAGGUGAAGUUGGAGCCUCAGGAGGAAGUGGCUGAGGUUGACUUGCCUAAAAACAAAGUGUCUGCAAAGUCCAAUCCCAUGGUGAACUUCUUUGGGAAUCAAAGCACAAAGAAACAAGACACAAAGGUGGAGAAGGAGGAGGAUGAAGAAGCUCCAUUGUCAUCUUUAGUUGAGCAGCAAAGCUCAAGUUUGCAGCGUGAAAAGAAGCAAGAUACUGUCACAGUGGAACCUCCAAAGCACGCCAAGAAAGACUCAAGAAGCAAAACGAAGCGACUGGAGAGUUCUGAUAGUCAGGAGGAGAAGAUGGAUAAGAAGAAGAGACGAAGGAUCAAGAUGUCUGCGCCUGACAGCAGCGACGAAGACAUCAUUCCAGAUUCUCCACAGCCGACAGAAGCUAGAGAAGCAUCACCAACUCCCACCAAGGAGCUCCAACCUAUUCCACAUCCGGGAGACUCUCAGACGAAGAUACGCAAGCGGAGACGUGUCCUCAAAUCUAGAACCUUUGUGGAUGACGAAGGCUGCAUCGUGACGGAGAAAGGCUACGAAAGCGAGUCAUACUCUGAAAAUGAAGAUGCCACCCCUGCUGCCUCCAAACAAGCAACUACAAACCCAGUCCGAGCAAAAGCGCCGGCGAGCAGCAAAGACAGCGAGAAGAAAAAUCCGAAGAAAAUGUCUGCUAAUGGCAGCAAAGGAACUAAACAGGCAUCCAUUAUGGGAUUUUUCCAGAAGAAAUGACUGACACCUUGCUAAACACACUCUCUCUCACACACACACACACACACACACACCCCACACCUUCCGGUGCCUCCAAAGCAGCUGCUCAAUAAACACUGAUAGAAAAUGCUUUUUAA